AUGAAGCAACCUGAACUAAAGUGGGAUUGCUUUUGCAUUGGAAGGAGAAUUGGUUGUGGCUUGGAGCGGAUAACCUCUGUUGAGCCGGUAUGUCUGCCAUUGGGGGAACUUCGUUCAGAUAUGUUUUUCACUCAGUUUCAGCAGCGGAUGUCCAUUCCAGCUGCUCCUGAACUUUUAAUCACUGAGCCUCCGGUUUCGAUUUCUGCAAGUGCAGCAAGAACGGAGGAUGUCAUUAGUUUUUCCGAUGGCUUUUACCCGGGAACAGUACCUGUACAUGGCCAAGCUAGUCGAAUUCUGAAUGAAUACUUGAUCCCAUCUGUUGCUUCGAGCGAAUCCAAGGUUUUUUACUUGAAGAUGAAGGGGGAUUAUUAUAGGUAUUUGGCUGAGUUUAAGGCUGGGAACGAAAGCAAGGAGGUUGGUGAGGAUACUGUGCUUGCUUACAAGACUGCUCAGCCGAUAGUGAGCAUUAUUGGAAGGAAGAAAAUGGAUGGUAUUUGUUUUACUUGCGUAGGCAAUUCUAGCCAAACCAUGGUGUUUGUGACAUUCCACCUUAACAUUUUCUGCAUUGACUUACUGAGUAAAUUGCCCUUACGAGAUGUCGGGACAUCGCACUUGCUGAUCUUGCCCCCACGCAUCCUAUACUAUUGGGUUUAG